AUGGCUGCAGCUAAUUUAGCUGAAGACCUCAAGGAAGAGCUGACCUGUGCUGUGUGCUUGGAGUAUUUCAGCCACCCGGUGACCUUGGGCUGUGGCCACAGCUUUUGCCACCUGUGCCUCCUCAGGAGCUGGGAAGGAGCUGAAGAGCCCAGCUCUUGUCCUGAGUGCAGGAGAGCCUUCUGGAUGAGAGAAGUCCAGCCUAACCAUCGCCUACGGAAGCUAGUCAGCAUAGCCAGGAACCUCAGACCCUACUUGUUGCAGAUCAGAGAGGAAAGAAUCAUGUGUGAGAAGCACAAGGAGGAGCAAAACCUGUUCUGUGAGGAGGACCAGUCCUUCCUCUGUGCAUCUUGCUUCCAAAGUCAGGAGCACAGCAAUCACCUGGUGCAGCCUCUAAACAGGGCUGCACAGGCUUCCAGGAGACAGACAAAUGCUUGGAGGGAGAGUGUUAGAGCUGAAUAUGGAAGAUUACUGGAUUUCCUCAAGUUGCAAGAGAAGCGGCACCUUAUCAAGCUGGCCUGGGAGGAAAAGCAAAACCUGCAGAAGUUCAUAGAAAGUGAAAACAGACUCUCCCAGCACCUUCAGAAUUUAAAGGAGGAGAUCAUAAAGAUUGAACAAAUUUGCCAGAUUCCCAAUCUCCAAUUUCUACAGGUUGCUGGAGACACAUCUAGGAGAAUUCAGACACUAUUGAGCAAGCGUCCAGAGACAGCAAGAAAUAAACUGGCAAGGAUUCACAUCACUGGGAUAUUCGAAAUGAUGAAUACAUUCAGAGUGAAUGUGACCCUGGAUCCUGAAAGUGCCUCUCCCUAUCUCAUCGUGUCUAAUGAUCUGAAGACAGUCAGGAAUGGAGGAUGCCUGCAGAAUAUACCUAUGACUCCAGACCGAUUUGAAGAUGAAAUCAUUUUGGGGGCUCAAGUUUUUACCUCUGGUGUUCACUACUGGGAAGUGGAUGUGGGAAACACUCUGUGGGUUGAAGGCAGUGAGAGUCAUUUGGAGAUUGUGUCAGUGGUCUAUGUGAAAGAUAAAUACCUGAGCUCAGAUAGGGGCUUUGAGUGCCAAAUAUUAGGGGCAAUGAAGCAUUGCUCUCUUUUUGAGAUGUGUUACGGAGCCUGUUCUCCUCCUCAGCUGGUAGGACAGGCCCAGGAAAUCUCCUGGGAUGCAGCACUAACUCCAGAAGCCUCCCUUCUAGGGCUUCGCCUACGCAGUGCUGAGUGGGCUGGGCACAGGUAA